GGGGAGGAGGAGCCACAGUUUGAGUACUGAAGUCAUUAUUGCUUGGAGGCUAUAAAAGGGCAGUUGCACAUUAAGUAAUUUAUGCGUGGUCAGUCUCGACUCUAUGGAUUUACUCAUUCAUUUUCCUCUAUAAUGUCAUCCAUCCCCACCAAGGAGUCCCCAGCCCCAGAUGUCGGGUGAGGAGGGGCUGAAACUUCUGCUCUCUGGAGGAAAGGUUGCAGGAGAUGAAGAGGAAGAACAGCUGAAGGAGCAGCUCUGAUAAAUAGGGUCUUUUGCCUUUUGGAAAAUGCAUUUACCACACUCCUUGGCAAGUCCCUCAGAGAGAACAGAAAGUGUUUACUUCCAGACAUGAACACAUCCUCGCAACUGUAUGUUUCUGAACUAAACCUGAGUGCCUUUGGCAGCAACUUUACUGUGCCUACUGUCAAGAGCAAGUCAUCACCAUGUGAGCAAGUGGUCAUUGCAGCUGAGGUGUUCCUAACCCUGGGCAUUGUAAGCCUCCUUGAAAAUAUCUUAGUGAUAUGUGCAAUAGUUAAGAACAAGAACUUGCAUUCACCCAUGUACUUUUUUGUUUGCAGUUUAGCAGUGGCUGACAUGCUGGUUAGCGUGUCUAAUGCUUGGGAGACCAUAACAAUAUACUUAAUAAACAAUAGGCACAUAAUUAUGGAAGAUGCUUUCGUCCGUCAUAUAGACAAUGUUUUUGAUUCACUGAUCUGCAUAUCUGUGGUGGCUUCCAUGUGCAGUUUGCUGGCAAUAGCAGUAGACAGAUAUAUCACUAUCUUCUAUGCCCUGCGUUACCACAACAUCAUGACAGUGAAAAGAUCAGGGCUUAUCAUUGCAUGCAUUUGGACCUUUUGCACAGGUUGUGGCAUUAUCUUUAUUCUUUAUUAUGAAUCAACUUAUGUUAUAAUUUGUCUCAUCACUAUGUUUUUUACCAUGCUGUUCCUCAUGGUUUCACUGUACAUCCAUAUGUUUCUCCUGGCUCGUACUCACGUGAAGAAAAUAGCUGCUUUGCCUGGGUACAACUCUGUCCAUCAAAGAACCAGCAUGAAGGGAGCCAUCACUCUGACUAUGCUUCUCGGCAUCUUUAUUGUUUGCUGGGCUCCAUUCUUCCUCCAUCUCAUCCUGAUGAUCUCCUGCCCUCAAAACCUCUACUGCGUUUGCUUCAUGUCUCACUUCAACAUGUACCUCAUUCUCAUUAUGUGCAACUCGGUGAUUGAUCCCUUGAUCUAUGCCUUUCGUAGCCAGGAAAUGAGGAAGACUUUCAAAGAGAUAAUUUGUUGCUAUAGCGUGAGAAUGGUCUGUGGGUUAUCCAACAAAUAUUAGGAAAACAAAACAAGGGAAGAGAACUGAAAUGCAGCAUCUUGCAUCACCGUGUUAUUCUGCUGAGAGGCUUAUGGAACUUCUUUCUCUAGUCAGCUGUCAAGAUCUUUGUGGCAAUCAGAAACUGUUUUUUUCUUUCCUUCCGUGCAUGACCCUCACACUGAUGGUAGGAGCUACUCUGUGCAUCUACACUGAGGGGAGAACAAAUAUCUUGCAUCUCAUUUACCCUACUGAAGAGUCUGGAUCUUACAAGAGGACUGCACAGGGAAAGCCUUAUUUUCCUUUUCUGCCAAAUGCAACAAGUGUGACUGACUAUGUAAAUAAGCCCAUCAGCAUCCCAAUACGUAUUUCCCUUGAUAUUCAUUGUCUCUCUAGAUACAGCGUGGCUCAUUUUGAUGUCUGGAAUUAUUUUGUUUUCUGCUUUCUUCCAAAGGGAUAAGGUCAGAAAAGUAGCUCCAAUUAUCAGGGUUUGCAUACCUCGCUCAACAAAGUUAUGAUCAAUAUGUAUGCACAGAUUAGCUGUCUUGUAUUCUGGUUGUGACUGUUACUGUCAAAAAAUGUGUGGUAUUUAAGAAGAAAACAUUGUGACAAAUUUUCUAGGUUGGAUGUCAUCUCUGACUGUAUGUGUUCUUAUAACGGUGUUUGUGGGGAGAUUUUAAGCCUGAAUACAAAGACUGAGCUAAUUUUAGUUUGUUUUCCUCAUUCCUAGGGCUAGAGAAGUAAAGGGCAUGUGGUCUCUAGCUCAUGCUGUAAUGUUUUGUUGGGAAGGAAUGAUCGGGUGUGUGACUGCCUUUAUAUAGGAGCUAGAAAAGUGUUUUAGCUACCAGCAGCAUUUAUUGGAGGAAGCCAUGCUGUAGAUUGCAUUUUUCAAGCUGUGAGAGACAAAACAGGUUUGACAAUCAGGAAGGACAGCAGGCAUUGGCAAAACAGGGAUCUCAGACUCAGGCACUUGCAGCUAUAAUAUGGAGUACUAGCUUUUGCUCCCCAAACAAACUUUUUAUCUUUGCUGAGGGGGUUCUGAGGUGAAACCCUCAUGCAUUUGAUGUGAGCAAUUUGCACCUACUCAUGCUCUUACAAGCAUGCUGUUCUGCAACAGCUGUAAAAUGUGCAAAAUAUUGAAUUUGUCACAGAUUAAGGAAGUGCAACUGUGGCAUUGAUUUCCUGGUGCCAGUGGAUAUAUACAAGCUAGGUAAAUAUUUCAAGCAGUGGUACCAUACUGACUAGCUGUCAGAAAAUAAUUUAGAAAAAUGAAUUCUUCCAAAAAAGCCUAAAGAAUAAUGCUUGUUAUACUUGGUCUGGAGAUGGUCUAAUGAUGUUGAUGUCAAUAGAAAGGUGUUUUUGUUUUUGUUUUUGUUUUUUUUUUAACUGUAAAAGUGGUCAAACAUGGCAACAGGUGCCCAGCAUUUUCAUACUGUCUGUCCUUGGGGAUAUUCAGAACUUAAUUGGACAUGGCUUUGAGCAGCCUGUUCUACAUUUAAAGCUGACUCUAACCUUGAAGCUGGCCGUGCUCUGAAUGAUUUGGAAUAGAAGACUUUCACAGGUCCAUUCCAAUCUGAGCUAUUUUGUGAUUCUAUGAAACAGCUUGUGUAUUAUGAGGAAAUGUUUAUAUUUUUCCCCCUCCUAGCUUAGCCUCUGUGUAAGAACUGUAAAAUAUUCUCCAUACACAUUUAAAAGGAUAACAUACUUUGAAUCUUCAUUUGCUUUGGAGGUUUCCAGCAAGAUAAGUACUACCUGAGUUAUACAUUCUAUCUAUCUGCUGCAGCUUGAAAUCUAUACUGCCUCCAGCUUGCACGUACUUCUCCCAGGCAUGAGAAUGCUAUUCUCAGUGGAAACACCUUACAAUAUUGACUGUCAAUAUAUUGGCUACAGUUGUGCAUUUGGUGCUGGACUCUUCCUUCGGUUUUAUAUAAAAAUGGGAUUUCAGAGGCACAUUUGUGGUUGAUAGUGAGAAUCUUGCCUUGUUUCAGUCCUCCUCUUAGCCCUAUCCGUAAAUGAGCUUUGGGAAUGGGCUUCUGCUACAAUGAAUGUCAAUACCAAAAAUGAAAGAGCUCAAUUGCAUAGCAAAAGGCACCAGCUGACACUGUAAAUAAAUCACUAAAUCUUCACUGCAAAUAAAACAGUUUUGUAUAUAACUGUAUAUUAAUGAAUAGGAAGCCAACACUGUAAUGGCUUUGAGUAUUUUCUUCAACUGUACAUUACUUUUUAUUUUAUUUUAUUUUAUUUUGGUGUGUGUGUGUGUUGCAAUUUUAUUUGAUGUAAAAGCACAAACAUGUAAAAAAACUAUUAAACUGGAUCAUUGGAAAACCCA